GAUCCGACUUGGACUCGAAUCCGUAAUUGACCCAAUCAAUCCUUCGCCAAAAACACCUUACACUAUUUUCUUUGUUUCAACCGUUGCUCAAUCGUCUUCUGCUUUCGUCUCCCUCACAAGGAGUUUGCUUUUUUGUAAUCUAUUUAAAUUACAGCAGUGAAGAUGGUUUCUGGGUUGAUAAAUGCAAAUCCAACAGUGUAUGAAAAGAAGGAACGACGAGUUCGAAGUUUCAUUAGUAAUGCAGACGAGUAUGCUGUCGAACCAAUUGACCAACAAGAAGUAUUUGAUCAUGUAAGAGAUAUAAAAGAUCCAGAGCACCCAUACUCAUUGGAAGAACUCAAAGUAAUUACAGAAGAUGCAAUUGAGGUGGAUGAUGAGCAUAGCUAUGUAAGGGUCACAUUCACUCCAACAGUUGAACACUGCAGUAUGGCAACAGUUAUUGGUCUGUGCUUGCGGGUGAAACUUAUGAGGAGUCUUCCUAUGCGUUACAAGGUGGAUAUAAGGGUAGCACCCGGAACUCAUGCAACAGAAGCUGCAGUUAAUAAACAACUGAAUGAUAAAGAACGAGUGGCAGCAGCACUGGAAAAUCCAAACCUUGUGGAUAUGGUCGACGAGUGCUUAGCCCCAACAUAUGGUUGAAUGUAUUUCUUCUGCCCAGCAAUAGAGGACACUUCAACAUAGGACACUUAAAUAUUGUCAGGCUUCUACUCAUGUCUUGUUUUGGUCACCAUUGUGCAAUAUCUUUCUUGACUUGUAUCCGGAUUUUAUUGCAGUUUGUAUAAUUUAGUCCAUGAUAGGAAAAAUAACGGUUAAAUAGUUUCAAUAUCUCAUCAACUUUGAUUAUUUA